AUGGAUGACUCGAUGAUCCCAAGACCUUAUGGGGUCCGGGAACGCAUCCGUAUCUUGAGGAGGAUGCAGUUCAUGUCGAUGCGAUACCCACAUCCGGAAACAAUCAAGAGAGCUGGAAUAGAGGAUGUAAAUGAUAUCCUCUACUACACUGAGUUGGGGGAGUUCACGAAGCUAGCCCUCCCGGCGUAUAGAAACCAACAAUGGAGUUCUUGCAUCCCUGAAACUCAAGAAGCAUCCUCAAGAAGCAGCUGCUGA